AUGACGUCUUUCAGACGCUGGUUCCUGGCAGUCCUCGCGGCAUCUGUUGUCAAGGCCGAGCCAGUUCAGAAAUCAGACUUGCAACUUCCGCCUAGUGCUUCCAUCCACCAGGCUGCAGUCAAGGAGCUUUUCGUCACGAGCUACGAGGCUUACCAGGAGUACGCCUGGGGGCAUGAUGAUCUGUUGCCCGUUUCAGAGUCAUACUUUGAUGGACGCAACGGAUGGGGCGCUUCUAUUGCCGACGCUAUGGGCACUAUGUGGAUCAUGGGGUUGACGGAUUGGUUUGAACAAGCUGUCAACCACACUGCUAACACCGACUUUGCCAUUUCGCACACUUCCGAUACCGUCAGUCUUUUUGAAACCACCAUUCGUUAUGUUGCAGGUUUUAUAAGUGCGUAUGAACUUAGCGGGGCGCAGUAUCCAGUUCUGGUUGAAAAGGCCCAGGACCUCGCCGAUCAAAUGGCCUAUGCCUGGGUCAGGGAGAAUCAGUCCAUUCCGUAUGGUUUUAUAAACUUUUCGAACCUGCUACCCACUAUCGCCACUUCAAACAUUGCCGAGGCUGGAAGUCUUACCCUGGAGUGGAACCGCCUCAGUCUAUAUACUGGCAAUUCCACGUACCAAACACUGGCUGAGAAAUCUGUGCAGUAUAUGAUCAACAUGCCGACCCCCCUCCCCGGUAUGCCCGCUCAAGGCAUUGACCCAUUGACCGGUGAUCCUGUUGGUGGGUAUGUGACUUGGGGAGGAGGUUCUGACUCUUACUUCGAGUAUCUCAUCAAAUAUGCCCGCCUUACAAAUACCGACGACAACUCGUACGCUGAUGCGUGGUUGACCGCUGCGGAUACUUCCGUGAAAACGCUCCUAAGAUCGUCAACUGUUGAUGACUGGUUGUACCUCGCUGAUUACGACAACGACCAAGUUAUUCGUCACGUGGGGUCCCACCUGGCUUGCUUCUACGGAGGGAACUGGAUUCUAGGCGGCAAGCUCACCAAUAAUGAAACACUGGUUUCUAUCGGUCUUCGACUCACCGAUGCCUGCUGGAACACAUACGCAAGCACUGCCACUGGGAUUGGCCCUGAAGGUUUCGCAUACAUCUCUAGCGACGGAAACUUCACUGGCAACACUGCUCCUAGUCAAGAGCAACUCGAUUUCUAUUAUGCGCAUGGCUUCUAUAUCACCGCUCCCGACUACAUUCUUCGUCCUGAAGUCCUUGAGUCGAACUUCUAUGCUUGGCGUGCGACUGGUGAUCCCAAGUACUUCAACAAUGCAGUUAGUGCCACUGUCAGCUUCAAGAAGUAUUUGCGUACAACUGUUGCAUACACUGGUAUCUACGACGUCGGCAAUGUGAUUUCCGAAAAAAUCGAUGACAUGGAAAGUUUCUGGUUCGCCGAGGUCCUCAAGUACCUUUAUUUGACCUUUGACGACCCCAAUCACAUCUCGCUUGAUGAAUAUGUCUUCAACACAGAAUGCCACAUUUUCAAGGCGCCGCCCGCCAAAUCCCAUUAUGGCUCAGGUUCUGAGCCUCAACCCGUGUCAUCGCAGCCAUUCUCCCCGAUGAGUGCACCCCUACCAGCUGUUUCCCCGAUUCUUGCGCUCCUACGCUCAUUAUAA